GGGGAUGGGACAAUGCGGUGUUGGUGUCUGCAGUAUUCCGACUCCUCAACACCGGUGGCUGCAAGCUGCGAUUUUGGCGGUCCUCUCAUUUCCUAUCUUUAUCUCCGCCCGCGGCUGCGCUGGCCAGCUAGCUUUUGAUUUUGGAUCUGGUCAUUGAUCAAUAAAGCAACCUAAGGAAAUAUAGGACACGAUUACCUCACUGCCAGCUCUGGCCCUGGGCUUAUAUAGUCUCUGCGCCAGUGGGCUGCAGAAACUUAGUCCUAGCACCUUCAGUCCCUGGGGGUCUGAAGCUCGCUGCGCGUUCUCAUCCCUGGGAGCGUGACCCCAGCACCCGACGCAGAGAUGCCAGCCCACAUACUGCAGGAGAUGUCUGGCUCCUACUCAGCCACCACCACUAUCACAGCGCCCCCCUCUGGGGGACAGCAGAAUGAAGGAGAGAAAUUUGAAAAGAAUCCUCACCACUGGGGAGCAGAUGUUCGCCCCGAAAUAAAAGAUGACUUAUAUGACCCCAGCUACCAGGAUGAGGAGGGGCCCCCGCCCAAGCUGGAGUACGUCUGGAGGAACAUCAUCCUCAUGGCUCUGCUGCACUUGGGGGCCCUGUAUGGGAUCACACUGGUUCCCUCCUGCAAGGUCUACACCUGCCUCUUCGCAUAUUUGUACUAUGUCAUCAGUGCCUUGGGCAUCACAGCCGGGGCUCAUCGCCUGUGGAGCCACCGAACUUACAAGGCUCGGCUGCCCCUGCGGCUCUUCCUCAUCAUUGCCAACACCAUGGCUUUCCAGAAUGAUGUGUAUGAAUGGGCCCGAGAUCACCGCGCCCACCACAAGUUCUCAGAAACACACGCUGACCCUCACAAUUCUCGACGUGGCUUUUUCUUCUCUCACGUGGGCUGGCUGCUCGUGCGCAAACACCCGGCUGUCAAAGAGAAGGGUGGAAAACUGGACAUGUCUGACCUCAAAGCUGAGAAGCUGGUCAUGUUCCAGAGGAGAUACUACAAGCCUGGCCUCCUGCUGAUGUGCUUCAUCCUGCCCACGCUGGUGCCCUGGUAUUGCUGGGGUGAAACUUUCGUGAACAGCUUAUGCGUCAGCACCUUCUUGCGAUACGCUGUGGUGCUCAAUGCCACCUGGCUGGUGAACAGUGCCGCCCACCUCUAUGGAUAUCGGCCCUACGACAAGAACAUUAGCUCUCGGGAGAAUAUCCUGGUUUCAAUGGGAGCUGUGGGCGAGGGCUUCCAUAACUACCACCACGCCUUCCCCUACGACUACUCUGCCAGUGAGUACCGCUGGCACAUCAACUUCACCACGUUCUUCAUCGACUGCAUGGCUGCCCUGGGCCUGGCUUAUGACCGGAAGAGAGUGUCCAGGGCCGCUGUCUUGGCCAGGAUCAAAAGAACUGGAGAUGGGAGCUGCAAGAGUGGCUGAGUUUGGGGUCUUCCAGUUUCUGUUCCAAAAGCCAGCUUGGCAGAGGCUUAAUGUUCUGUUAAUUAACUACUGAGUAUUGCUACCCAGAUGCUAAAAUGAUGACGUUAACCCAUUCUGGUACAGUAUUGUAAAAUGGACAAGUAUCGGAAAUCAACAGCUCUUCCCUUCCGA